ACUCAAUCCUCAUCAACUCAUCACCCAUAUCAUCAUCAACAACACCCUUAUCAUGUCUCAACCAGUACCUCCUUCCUUCAAAGACCUUGGAAAGGCAGCUAACGAUCUUUUGAGUAAAGAUUACCCAAUCUCUGGUACUCAACUUGAGGUUAAAACAAAGGCACCUAACAAUGUCGUCUUUAAAGUUGCUGGUUUACGAGACAGCAGAUCUGGUUCGAUCGGUGGUGACCUUGAAGCAAAAUACCUUUUACCCAAGUACGGUCUCACCUUCACACCUACCUGGUCCACCUCGAACCUAGUCAGGGCUCAACUUGAACUUGACAACAAAUUUGCCAAAGGUCUCAAGCUCGACUUGGCCACUAGCAUCAAUCCAGUCACAAAUGCCAAAACUGCCGCCUUGACCGGAACAUACAAGCAGCCCGGGCUACAUGCCAGGACAUUAGUCGAUAUCUUCCGUGGACCUGCUUUCACUUUGGAUGCCGUUGUCGGUCGGGAGGGUUUCCUUGUGGGAGCUGAUGCCACUUACGAUGUGCAAAGAGCUGCAAUUAGCAAAUAUAACGCUGCAAUCGGAUAUUCUGCUCCCGAGUACGCCAUCACUUUACACGGACUCUCCAACUUGUCCGCUUUCCAUGCAUCCUACUACCACAAGGUGAACCGUGAUGUUGAAGCCGGUGCAAAAGCGAUCUACAACACGAAAUCGACAAGUAAGGACAUCAUUCUCGAGGUUGGCACCAGGGCUUACCUCGACAACGCCUCUUUCAUCAAAGCCAAGAUCAACAAUAACGGUAUCCUUGGUUUGGGGUACACUCAAGCCCUACGACCUGGUGUGAAAGUCAGCUUUGGGCUUGCACUUGAUACUCAGCAAGUCAAUGGAGCCAGCAAUGGUGAUGAUGAGAAGAGUGGGGGUGGUAUAGCCGCUCACAAGGUUGGAGCUAGCUUAACAUUUGAAUCUUAAAAGUUGUCCUAAGAAGGAUUAAAUUACCUUUCCUUGAAAAUCACAUUCAAUAUAAAUAGAUUAAAGGAAGUAUAAAGAUC